AGCAGCACUCUACAAUCAAAUUCAUCAUGGGCAGCGGACGCCAAGACAAGGGGAAGGGGGGAAAGGAGAGUGACAGGGAGAAGAAGGCGAGACAUAACCUGAAUGCGGCGGUCUCUCGCGCAGCUAAGCGGGAGCCUGGAUACCAAGGCGCCUCCGCGGCGGAGAAGAAGAGGAUCUUGGGUCGUGUUCGUGUUCGUUUGGCUGGGCAAUCCAGCAACAACAAGCACAGCAACAGCAGCAGCAAUCGCGGCGCCGGGGCCCCAGCGGCCAAUGCUUUCGGUCUUCUCGUCGGUGGUGGUGGGGUCGGUGUCGUUGGUGGGGCGGUGCCACCGCACCAAUUGGGUGGGUGGAUGGGGAGAGGAGGAGGAGAGGAGAUGGCGGGAGAGGAGGAGGGGGUGGAGGCGGAGGAGGAAGAGGAGGAGGAGGAAUUGGUGGCUCGGUUGGCGGAGUUUGUUGUUGGUGGUGGGGACCACAAUCCCACGCUGGUGGCUCUGGUGGGCACCUACCCACCAGAGCUCGACCAUGCCACCAUCCUGGCAGACAUUGACCGUAGGGUCAGGGAGUUUAUGGAGGAGGAGACGUGAGAGUGUUGUUUGUUGUUCUGUUGUCUUCGGACAUUGGGGGAGGAGGAAUUGAUAAUUUGCUAGGUCCUACCAC